GUUUUCUUACAGAAAAACCCUAAUUGAAACCUAGACGGUGACGAACAAGGAGCUGAGAGUUGAAACAUGGGGAAAGCGAAAGCGAAGGGGAAGCACCGUUUGGACAAGUACUAUCACCUAGCCAAAGAACACGGUUACAGGUCCAGAGCUUCAUGGAAGCUAAUCCAGCUCAACUCCAAGUUCCGCUUCCUCGAAUCCGCACACUCCGUACUCGAUCUCUGCGCCGCCCCCGGUGGUUGGAUGCAGGUCGCCGUCCAGCGCGUCCCCGUCGACCACCUCGUCAUCGGCGUUGAUCUCGCCCCUAUCGCCCCUGUCCGCGGUGCCAUCGCUAUACAAGAGGAUAUCACCAAGACCGAGUGCAGGUCCCGCAUCAAGAAGCUCAUGAAUGACAACCGCUGCGCCGCCUUCGACGUUAUUCUCCACGACGGUUCGCCCAACGUCGGUGGUGCAUGGGCUCAGGAAGCUACGUCGCAGAACGCUCUUGUUAUUGAUGCUGUCAAGUUGGCUACACAGUUCUUAGCCCCCAAGGGCACGUUCGUCACUAAGAUUUUCAGGUCGCAGGAUUACAGUUCUGUUGUGUAUUGUUUGAAGCAGUUGUUUGAAAAGGUUGAGGUGGAUAAACCAGCUGCUAGUCGUUCUGAGUCUGCUGAGAUAUAUGUUUUGGGCCUUAAGUAUAAGGCCCCGGCUAAGAUUGAUCCGCGCCUUCUCGAUGUCAAGCAUCUCUUUCAGGGUUCUGCGCAACCACAGGCUAAGGUGGUGGAUGUACUUAGAGAAAAUAAGCAAAAGAGGCAUCGGGAUGGCUAUGAAGAUGGAGUCUCGACUUUACGGAAGGUGUCUUCAGCUGCAGAUUUCAUUUGGUCAGCUUCUCCUUUGGAGGUCCUUGGUUCUGUUACGUCCAUAACCUUCAAUGACCCAGCUGAUUUACCAAUUAAGAAUCAUGACUUAACAACUGAAGAGGUAAAAUCUCUCUGCGAUGACUUGAGAGUUUUGGGGAAGCAGGACUUCAAGCAUCUUCUGAAGUGGCGAAUUCACAUUAGGAAAGCUCUUUCACCUGAUAAAAAGCCGGAACCUACUACUAAAGCAGAGAUGGAAAAUGAGCAUAUAGUGGAUGAAGAUGAUAGAAUACUUAAUGAAAUGGAGGAGUUGACACAUGCAGUGGACCGCAAGAAAAAACGUGAAAAAAAGCUUCUUGCAAAAAGAAGAGCUAAGGAUAAGGCCCGCAAAGCAACAGGGAUGCAAACGGAUGCAAUAGAAGAUGGUUAUGUUGAUCAUGAGUUGUUUUCUCUUUCAUCUAUCAAGGGUAAGAAGGAUCUGGUCACUGUUGAUACCACUGAAUAUGAAGGGGAUGAGGGUGAAGUGGAAGACAGUGAAAAUGAAGAUAUCAAUGAAGGCUCAGAGCAUUCAUCCAGUGACUUAGAUUCUGAUGAAGAACGCAAAAGAUAUGAUGAGCAAAUGGAAAAUUUACUUGAGCAAGCAUAUGAGCGGUUUGUGGUCAGAAAGGAUGGAAGUACAAAGCAGCGGAAGCGGAUUAAGAAAUCAUAUGAUGCAGAGACCCAACUUUUGGAGGCUGGUGAGGAUGAUGGCAUUAUUCAGUCUAAAUACGAUUCUGAUGAAGACCAGGAUGAUCAAGAAGCAAAUCCCUUGGUGGUACCCCUUAAUGAUGGGGCAGAGCCCACCCAAGAGGAGAUUACUGAUAAAUGGUUUAGUCAGGAUGUCUUUGCUGAAGCUGUAGAGGAAGGAGACUUUGACAAGGACGAGAGUGAAGAUGAAAUGGAUAUUGAUGAGCGUAAGGAGAAGACGGAGAAGACUGCUGUUGCAAAAAAGGUCAAAGAAAAUAAAACAACAGCGUUUGCCGAGAUAGAUCACCCUAAAUCUCAAGCAUCUAAGGCAGAGGAUUUUGAGGUUGUUAAGGAGCCUGCUACUGAUUCCGGCAGUGAUGAUUCAAGCGAUGAUUCAUCAGAUGUACCCAAAGCUGAGACAUUGGCUUGUGCUAAGAAAAUGCUGAGAAAAAAGCAACGAGAGCAGAUACUAGAUGACGCAUAUAAUAAGUACAUGUUUGAUGAUGAUGGAUUGCCCAAGUGGUUUCUAGAUGACGAAAAGAAGCACCGCCAACCAAUGAAGCCGGUCACUAAAGAGGAAGUUAAUGCAAUGAAAGCACAAUUUAAAGAAAUCAAUGCUCGGUCAUCAAAGAAGGUGGCCGAGGCCAAAGCACGGAAGAAGCGUGUGCAGAUGAGGAAGCUUGAGAAAGUACGUAAGAAGGCCAAUGCUAUAUCAGAUCAGACAGAAAUAUCUGAUUUUUCGAAGACGAAGCAAAUUGAAAAACUAUAUAGAAAGGCUGAUCCGAAGAGGCCUAAAAAAGAAUAUGUCGUUGCAAAGAAAGGUGUCCAAGUUAGGACUGGCAAGGGGAAAGUCCUUGUUGAUCGCAGAAUGAAGAAGGAUGCUAGGAAACAUGGAAUGAACAAGACAGGAAAAGGAGGUUCCAAAAACGGUAAAGGUAAGGCUCCGAAGGGCAAAGGAUCUUCAAAGGGAUCUUCAAAGGCUUCUGCACAGAAGGGAAGGAAGGGGAAUAAGUGAAAAUAGAUUGAUUUAUCCGUCAAACGUUGUCUUGUUUUCCUGGCUCAAUUUUGUUCGCUCAUUUUUGUUUACGUGUUAUUGUGCGACUGAUAAUAUAAAUUACAGAGUUGUUUUUUUCUUCACAAGGACAAGGAAUUGAUUGGGAGGCCCAGUUUUGAACAGUUUUACCCAAACAUUCAAUCAUAUUAUUCUAUGUAGAAGGAACAAUUACAUUGGUUUUUAA